AUGCAGGCCGGCGGGAGCAGCCCAACCAAAACACUCGCUUAGUAGCUGCGCUCGUCCGCGUCCAGCCGCCGCAGCCUAGCAAACGCCGCCAAAGUGAUGCGAUCCAGCGUGCCGUGGUGGCGACCAAUGUCGUCGUCCGCCCAACGGCGCACGCCCCAGAAAGGAGGCAAGGCCAGCACCCACCACGGCACGCCUCCCACGCACCGCGCGCGCAUCAUCCCCGUCCGUCUCCACCGCGCGCCCGCCACUGCGACCCCCGCCUUUUAGCUAGCCGUUCCGCACCCGCCUCCGCCUUUUAUCCCACUCGAUCGGCUCGGCACGCCUCCGCAUCGCCAUUCUCCAGCCUCCGCCUCCCUCCUCGACACACUCGCCUCCCGUUGCGAUCUCGCCAACCCUAGAUCCCUGCCAUGUCCAAGGCCUGGGGCGACCUCGGCGGCGCCGGCGCCUGGGCUCUGGACGCCGAGCGCGCCGAGGAGGAGGAGCGCGAGGCCGCCGCGGCCCCGAUCCCGGCUCCCGCCGCGGGCUUCCCCAGCCUCCGCGAGGCUGCCGCGGGCGCUGGCGCUGGCGCCGGCAAGUCGAAGAAGAAGAACAAGGGGACCACGCUCUCGCUCUCGGAGUUCGCCGGGUACGGCCCGGGGCGGCGGGCGGCGGCAGCGCCGGAGCCCAGGGGGCUGACCACGCAGGAGAUGAUGAUGCUGCCCACCAGACCGAGGGAGCUGUCCGCGGACGAGCUCGAACAGUCCCGCCUUGGCGGGGGAUUCCGCUCCUACGGCUCCGGGGACCGCCGUGGCGGCGUUGGCUUCGACGACGACGGCCGUCGCGGGCCGCCGGACAGGGGCUCGGAUCUCGACAUGCCCUCCCGCGCCGACGAGGAUCGCGACUGGUCGUUGAACAAGAAGUCGUUCUCGCCGUCGCCCGCCGACUCUGGCCAGCGGAAUCGGUACGGAUCCCUUGGGGGCGGUGCUCCCGCCUCCGUCGGUCGCGCCGACGACGACGGCGACUGGUCGCGUGGGAAGAAGCCGCUGGCAUCAGGUCCAUCGCGAUACCCGAGCCUAGGCUACGGCGGUGGCUUCCGCGACUCGCCUGACUCCACCGACUCCGACCGCUGGUCCCGUGCCGCGCCGAGCAAUGGCGAGCGCGAAAGGCCUCGCCUCAUGCUUGAUGCGCCCAAGCGCGACGUCUCGACCACCCCUACGCCACCCGCUGAGGCGGGGCGCAGCCGACCGAGCCCAUUUGGGGCCGCGAGGCCCCGGGAGGACGUGCUGGCCGAUAAAGGGCUGGACUGGAAGAAGAUGGACACUGAGAUUGAACAGAAGAAGACUAGCCGUCCCACCAGCUCACAGUCGAGCAGGCCAGAGAGUGCCCACUCGUCACGACCAGGGAGCCCCGGGUCACAAGUAUCGGCUGUGGGUAGUGAAGGCGCGCCGAGGGUGCGGCCGAAGGUGAAUCCUUUUGGGGAUGCGAAGCCAAGGGAGGUGGUUCUGCAGGAGAAAGGGAAGGACUGGGGGAAGAUCGACCUAGAGCUGGAGCAUCGGCGUAUUGAUAGACCAGAGACAAAUGAAGAGAGAGUGUUGAAAGAAGAGAUCAACCUACUUGAGUUGGAGCUAAAUGAAAGUGAAGCCAAGAUAAGUGAUGAUGAUGCAAAAAGUUUGUCCGAGAAGAUAACUCAGAUGGAAAAGCAGCUGGAGCUUCUUACACUUGAGUUGGAUGACAAGAUCAGAUUUUCGCAAAGACCUGGUUCUGGAGAAGGCAGGGUUACAGCAUCACCGCCAAUUAAUUUUGCAGUUGAAUCCCAAAUAAAAGAGUCCAUGGAAAGGCCACGUUCCUUCAGCAGCAUGGAGCAAUAUCCAAAACCAACUGAAGAAAGAUGGGGAUUUCAGGGGAGCAGAGAUAGAGGCUCUUUUGGUGGCAACAGAAUUUCUGACAGGUCGUCGGCAGGACAGAGAUGGUGAGGCUCUGUCAGUCAGAUGUUUCUCUUUGUUUUUAAUCGGUGGGCAAAUAAGUUGUUAUGUUCUUGAUGCUGUUUGACUCCUAUUUUGUUUGGCUUGGAAGAGGGGAGAUUGACCGCAGACCAUACAAAUGAAUUUGCACCAAGCUGUUAAUUAACACCCUUAUGGUUGUUCAUCUGUUUCCUUUUUUUUCGUAAUUUUUCUUUUUGCCUCCUCUUCCAUGUUAAAACAAGUGCUACCAGCCUUUCAUAGACUGACUGUUGUUCUUGCUUCCUGCGUAA